AGGCCACUAGCAGUCAGCAGCUGGCUAGUAGUUAUCAGUAAGUGAAGAGACGUCAACAAGGAUCCCAGGAAAGGGUUAUUUCUGUUGUUGAAAAUGGCAAGAUGCUCUAUCGCAAUAUAAAUUUAACGGCACCUUCAAAUAAAUACCUGGAUUUCUCGUCUUGAAGCUCACCGUUCCCACAUAGAGAGGUUGGAGGUCUCUGAGGAGGGAUGCCUGUCGAAAGUGGAAGCAGUGCUGCCUCUCGCCAGGCCAAGCAGAAGCGCAAGUCCCACAGCCUGUCCAUCCGCAGGACCAACAGCACAGAGCAGGAGCGUGCAGGUUUACAGAGAGAGAUCCUGGAGGGACAGGAUUCCAAACUGCCAUUACCUCUGAGGACCAAUCUCCUGGACUUGUUUGGUCAGAUCGAGAGAGAGUUUGAAAACCUCUACAUUGAAAACAUUGAGCUGCGUAGAGAGAUAGAGACACUGAACGAUCGCUUGACUGCUGAAGGACAAACCUUUGAUGGAGGAGACAUGACCAAAGGGGCACUUAAAGCAAAAGCAAGUCAUAGCACAAGUCAGCUUUCACAAAAACUGAAGACCACUUAUAAGGCAUCAACAAGCAAGCGUUCACAUUCUUUCCAUGGCAAAGUAGGUGGUGGACCUCUUCCCACCUUCAGUGUGGGGAACAUUGUGGAGUUGUGGGGUGAAGGCUCAAGGAUCGUCUCCAGUUUCAAGGCCACCACGUCCCGAGCGGUUUGCCAGCUGGUCAAGGAGUAUGUGGGCCACAGAGACGGCAUCUGGGACCUCAGUGUCACCAGGACCCUACCGGUGGUGUUGGGCACGGCGUCAGCAGACCACAGUGCCAUGCUAUGGAGCAUCGAGACGGGAAAGUGCCUCUUGAAAUAUGUGGGCCAUGCCGGAUCAGUGAACUCUAUCAAGUUCCAUCCUACGGAACAGAUGGCUCUUACAGCGUCUGGUGACCAGACCGCCCACAUCUGGAGAUUCAUGGUGCAGCUCCCUGCCCCGCAGUCAGUAGCCGAUAUCACCCAGACGCCCUGCGACGACGACGUGGACUUCUCGGACAAAGACGAGGCGGACGGCGACGGGGACGGGCCCAACGAGUGUCCAUCCGUCCGCACGGCCGCCACUACCCUGCGGAGCCACCAAGGGGUGGUCAUCGCUGCUGACUGGCUGGUGGGGGGCAAGCAGGCGGUCACGGCAUCCUGGGACCGGACGGCCAACUUGUACGACGUGGAGACUUCCGAGCUCGUCCAUUCGCUCACCGGCCAUGACCAGGAGCUGACCCACUGCUGCACCCAUCCUACUCAGCGUCUGGUGGUCACCUCGUCCAGAGACACCACCUUCCGGCUGUGGGACUUCAGAGACCCCUCCAUCCACUCAGUCAAUGUGUUCCAGGGGCAUACAGACACGGUGACGUCGGCAGUGUUCACCGUGGGCGACAACGUGGUGUCUGGCAGUGACGACAGAACCGUCAAGGUGUGGGACCUCAAGAACAUGAGGUCGCCUAUCGCCACCAUCCGCACUGACUCGGCUGUCAAUAGGAUAAGCGUGUCGGUCAACCAAAGAAUCAUUGCUCUUCCUCACGACAAUCGCCAAGUCCGACUGUUUGACAUGUCAGGAGUACGGCUGGCACGGCUCCCGCGCAGCAACAGACAGGGCCACCGGCGCAUGGUGUGCUGCUCCACCUGGUGUGAGGACAACCCCUCCUGUAACCUGUUCAGCUGUGGCUUCGACCGGCAAGCCAUCGGAUGGAACAUCAACAUCCCAGCCCUGCUGCAGGAGAAAUGAGCCUAGCCCACAUAGGUCCAGAGUGAGUCCAGAGCCCCCAGCCUGGUACCAGCCUGGCCCAACUGCUCUUUGAGCCCAAUCUUAAGGGCUCUGAUGUGUGGGACUCCCUCAGGCAGGUUGGGGGAGAAGAUUGACCGAGGGCCACGCCCGGCCUCUCUUUCUCUCUCUUGCUCUCUCUCUUACUCUCUCUUUGUCAGUCAUGUUCUUCUCACACUGAAGGUGGUCUGGUCUGCAUGGUCUGAAUAUACAUACCCAACUACAUACAGAUGUAAGUGUGUGUGUUUGCUCUGUGGUGUGGUGGUUUUUCCAAACUUGCCCAUUAUGUACAGAAAAUGUGAAGGACUACUCUUCAUGUUAACGUUGGGCCUGUUUUGUUCAUUUUAUUCAGCUGCUGACUAUAAAAAGCACAGUGACAAAAAUUUGAUUUACUAGGGGUCUUAAUGUAGUAGGUUUUAUUUCAGAACUGGUCGGUUCCACUUUGAUUGUUUGACUUAGGCGAUGAGACUAAUGGAGCAUUUCACAAGGACGUGUUCUGGCGCGUCUGCUUACUACCCAUCUGACCUGCUCUGAUGUAGCUCGCCAGGCUAUCUCUCCGCUGUAAUCAGCGGUGCCACACUUUGACAAGGUGUUCAAGGGCCGUUAAUGGCUACCGCUGGUCCGUUGAGCACCGAAUCAUGAACCCACACUGCCUGGGCCGUUAUGUGGGUCACCUUUUGAACAUGUUUUUUUUGGGUUAUUUUUAUAAAACCAUUUUAUCCUAAGAACCACAGGAGCUCUUGUACAGAAUCCUAGUCCUAGAGAAUGUGUUGUAUCAUUGGAGUUGGGUUGUGUGAACGCCCCGUGUCUAAGAGGUCAAGGUGAGUCGUCUUCACCAUUUUCAAUAGGUGCUUUACUUGUGUAUAAGAAUCAUAAAUAAGUCCUAGACUGCCACGAAAUCCUUUUAGAUGUAGAGUUUACCAACAAUAUUGACGGGUAAAGUGUUUCUUAGAAUAUUUCAACUGUGCCAUUAGUCAGUGCUGCAAACCUGUUACAGAGUCAAUAAGCAGUCAUAUCUGUUACCACAUGGUACUUCCUUUGCGUAAGUGGAAAUCUGUUUGCAAGCGCUUUUUAACGCAGUCGUUGUAACAUGCUUGGUGGUUAUGGUGUUAAUAUCUGCUGCUAAAACAUCCGACUGCAUAUAGAAACCUAAAAGAAGAGAUUGUUGUCAAGUGUUUUCAGCAAACAGUGUGAUGCCAUGAAGUACCCGUGUCCUUUUACAUGAAGACAAUUGAUGUUGAGCUUUAACAUUUUGAGUGUAAUUGUAAUCCACAUGGCAGACCGUUGACUUGGCAACGUUCCUGCUCUCGCCCCCCCAAAAAAAGAACCCAAAAUGAUUCAUCUAAAAUAUGUAUAUCAUGAGUGUAAUUGACAAGCCAGCUUUAUUGCAGUAGUAAAUGCUUCUGUGGAAGAUAAGAUAUGCGUAAUGUUUUGACAACUUCUAACAAGUACAUUGGUAGUAAUACAAUAACGGCAAAAUUGAACAUAUUUUUUGCCAAAUUGAAGUGUUAUUGUAUAUGUAUCAAAAGGUGCUAAGGCACGUGUAUAAGAAGCCCCCAUUUUUAAGUGAGCAUAACUUUCCAUCCACAUUGAAUGUCACAUCUGGUGCCAAUUAAAUGUAAUAUAUUCAGAUAUAUUCAAAGUGGCCAUUUGGCUUAAUAGUGUUUUCCUGCUGCAGAUUUUAUUAGCCUUUUACGUUUAUUACGGAGUGGGUGCACUUUCUUCAUUUCUACUAAUUCACACUGUUCAGUUAAAUCAGUUGCAUUGGCUUGGUAGGUUUCAAAGACUAACGUAUUGUUUCUUCAAUCUGUAGAGGUUUUGCACAAACCUCAAACACUGAUUUCUGUAAUUAUUUUUACUGUGUCAUUUACAUCCUGGAUGUCCAGUCCUUCUCCAGAUUGUGUCACACAUUCUUAAGCAUGAGUAGCUUCAGUGAAGGCUGGUGAGGGGAAGAUGGCUUAUGAAAGUGACAAGCAUGCAAUAAAUGGAACCAUGUCAAAUAGAUGGAAUGCAGAAGUUGCUUGUGUUUAAUUUCAUUUAUUCCAUUCCAAACAUUAGAAUGAGCCAAUGAUAUAAUGUGACACAGCCACCACUGACUGGGUCACAACCUGAAGUACUCGAUUCACCGAGUCAGUGAUGAUGGUGGACUGCUGAGAGGGUGAAAUAAUGGGCCGUCCCGUCCAGGAUUGUCAGCCCUGAUUGAGGUGCAAACCGUUUCGACUUGAAUUGCCUGGAAUAUCAACCAGCGAAUGUGUUCGUCACCUUCCUCUUUUAUGUUCCCUUUACAGGUUGUUUUAAAAUUCAGGCUUGUUUUUCAUUUGGUCAUGUGAAUCUGCUUCUCUGUUCUUUGCUUUGGUCUCAAAUGGCAUCCCGUUCAAUGGUAGUGCACUACAAAUGGAGUAGGGUGCUGUUUCGGUUGUUACCGCUUGUUUUAUUAACUUCGCAAUGGUUUUAGGUUGAUGAACAGAAAGCAACAGAAACCUUUGUAAAAUGAUGGAAGUUGGUGUUUACUUAGCUAAUGAUGUUGUAUGUGGUAAAAGUGGUUUAUUUGAACAAAAGCAACAACAAUUCACAUGUCAUAAAAUGAACAUUUUGCUGACGUUGUGUGAGUGAGAUGGCGAUUGUAUAAGGAACAACAACUUGUGAAAUAAAAUGUUGCACCAUUA